AAUUCUUAGUAUUCCUUCUUGAAUCAACAUCAAGGCUUGACUGUCGAUGCGGAAACUUGUCGAUAGAUAUACGAUACAUGGCCGAGAACCUAGGAGCCUGAGAACAUGCAAUGUGGAACCUAAAUACUCCUCACGGCAGCACGUACCCGUUCGUGAGUACUUGCAAAUUUUAUUCGGUUGGAGGUUGUUUGCUAUAUCACAUCUGUACAUAUAUACUAAUCAAAGCCUCUAGGAAAGCCUUCCAUUUUUCAACCAGCGAGCUCAUCGGCCUUCGACUCGUACAACAAUAUCAGUUGUGCUUUGCAAAGGCUUCAGCAUGGCAUGCAUGAGCGGUUGGUAGCCGAAACAGAAAUCUCCAAGAACCCUCAUUCGAUCUCCCAGCUUCGGCCGGGUUGAUCUAUUCAUGACCGGUGUCGUAUUUGUUUCCUGGCAAGUGAUACUUACAAGUAUGAAGGUAGGUAUGAAAAUAGGUAUCUUCCUCGUUGUGCAUUUCUUAUGUUCUCUCCACCACUCUUAUAGUUCAUUUGACUGAGAAUAUCCAGGAAGCCCGGCGACUCUGAAAUUGGCAUCAGUGGAAUGGCCAAAAUUACAUGCGCGCCAGUAACGUUCAACUACUACUAUGGAUUAUGUCUUUUUAGCUCAUUCAUCUGCGUCAAAACUACUCGGUAGUGCGUACAAUCAAAAUGGAUAAUGGACUCAAGAGCUUGAAUCGUGAAAGAAAUUCAAAGAAUACCUGGUUUAAAUGGGGACCUCUUUAUUACUAAUAACAUGCUUUGGACAACUAAAUUCCAGGGGGUAAGCAAGCUCUGAAUCUGAGGUUAGGUCAUUAUGCACGCCAUCAGAUCCGGGUUUUCUCAGUGGAGUUUUGCCAAUGUGGGGGCUGCCGAAUG